UAUUUGAAAAAUCAGAAAAAAAAGACGAUCGAAAAAUUCUAGUUUAAUUUUUAUAAUUAAUUUCCUUCUGGCUCAAGGGUGAUCUAAAUUCGUAGUGGCAUAUGUAGAGGAUUGGCUUAGAUCAGCAGUGGCUGAGUAGUUGUUCGAUCGCCGCCAGAUGGGCAAGGGCGAGAUAAUACAGAUACACAUUGGGCAAGCUGGUGUACAGAUUGCAAAUGCAUGCUGGGAGCUCUACUGCCUGGAGCAUGGCAUCCUCUCAAACGGACGGCUGAUGAGCAAACCCUGCGAUGAAUCCUUUCUCACAUUUUUCGAAUUAAGUGAACAUGAGCCCAGCGUGCAGCCGCGUCUGAUCAUGAUUGACACGGAGCCAACGGUUAUAGAUGAGAUACGGACGGGAGCUUAUCGCAAUCUAUUUAAUCCGCACACGCUUAUCACGGGCAAGGAUGACAGCGGCAGUAACUUUGCCCGAGGCUACAAUUUGAUGGCCAGUGAGUUGCUGGAUCGGACCAUGAAUGCAAUACGCCGUGUCGCCGAACGUUGUCGUAGCCUGCGCGGCUUUCUGGUCUUUCGUGCGAUUGGCGGCGGCACUGGCUCUGGCCUGGGCACGCGAAUAAUGGAGCAGCUGGUCCAGGACUUUGGCAGAAAAGUUACUGUCAUUGAGUUUCUAGUAUAUCCAUCACCUUCCAUUUCCCCUGUAAUUGUGGAGCCGUACAAUGCUCUGCUGGCCGCCCACUUUUCCAUGGAUUGUGCGGAUGUAUCCUUCAUUGUGGAUAACGAAGCCCUUUAUGAUAUCUGUGCGAGCACCUUGAAUGUGCCCGCACCCACGUACACCAAUCUAAACCGCAUCAUUGGCCAAGUGGUGUCUGCGUUCACGGCUUCGCAACGAUUUUCGGGCCAAUCGGUAAGCUUUCAAGAGUUGCAGACGAAUUUGGUGCCGUAUCCGCGUAUACAUUACCCCCUGAUCAAUUAUGCACCUUUGGUGCCUGUCACACACUCACAAUUCGUCAACCAGAGCACCGCUCAACUGACUGGCCAGUGUUUCCAAAUGAGCAAUCAAAUGGUUCGCUGCAAUCCCUCCCACGGCAAGUAUAUGGCUUGUGUGCUGCUCUAUCGUGGCGACGUUGCGCCCAAUGAGAUCAACUCAGCACUGGAAAGUAUUAAACGGUCGAAGUCCUUUAAGUUUGUGGACUGGUCACCCACAGGCUUUAAGAUCGGAGUCAGCAGCAUGCCCCCAGUAUAUGUGCCGCAUGGCGACCUAGCGCCCACGAGUCGCGCCUGUGUGGCUAUCUCGAAUAAUACGAAUAUACGGAUUGCCUGGUGUCGUUUGGUCAACAAAUUCGAUAAGCUGUAUCAGCGGCGCGCCUUCGUCUAUCACUAUGUGGGCGAGGGACUCGAGGAGGGCAACUUCAAUGAGGCUUCGGAGAAUAUAUGCCAACUGGUGCACGAUUAUCUCGAGGUGGACUCCUCGGCACAAAUCUCCCAACGUAACUCUGAACAUCAUAGUGACGAAUAAUGAACUUGUGCACUGUCUUUUUUUUAAAUAAACCCCAAAAAAUCA